AUGUCUCAAGCUCCACCUCAAUCAACGUCACAACCACCAGUACCACUGGUUUCUCAAGAGAAGACAAAUGAAUUACAAGCUGCAUUGUUGACCUUUACCAACACUCAAACUCAAUUCAUGACUGAAACUAAAGCCUCCAUUAGAAAUCUAGAGAGUCAAAGUUGGUCAAUUGAAGAGUCAGUUAAGAAGUCUAUUCGGUUGCCGAAAUUGGUUAUUGAGAAGGAUGAGGUAGAAGAAGAGGAUAAAGAGAACCCUGAGAAGAAGUACCCACAUGUGAGUUUUAAGCACCACAUCAAGAUCCCAUAUCAUGAGAGGCUUCAAAAGAACACACUUGACAAGCAGUUUUCUAAAAUUUUAGAUAUUUUUCGAAAGCUUCACAUCAACAUUCCCUUUGCCAAGGCACUUGAAACAAUGCUGGGUUAUGUGAUGUUUGUGAAGGAAAUCUUGUCAAAGAAAAAGAGACUUGAGGACUAUGAGAUUGUGGUGCUUACUGAUGGGUGCAUCGCAAUACUCCAAAAGAAACUACCUCCCAAGCUUAAAGAUCCAAGUAGUUUCGCCAUUCUUUGUACUGUAAGGAAUGUGGAUUUUGAGACAACACAUUGUAAUUUAGGGGCAAGUGUGAAGCUAAUGGCUCUAUCUAUCUAUCAAAAACUGAAAUUGGGGGAAGUGAGACCAACUAUGGUGACACUUCAAAUGGUGGAUCGCUCAGUCAAAUAUCCUCAUGGGCUGAUUGAGGAUGUACUGGUAAAGGUGGAUAAAUUCAUCUUCCCUACAUAUUUUAUUAUUCUGGACAUGGAGGAAGAUGCUAAUAUCCCAAUUAUUCUUGGAAGGCCAUUUUUAGCUACCGGUAAGACAUUGAUCAAUAUAACAAAAGGGGAGUUGAAGUUGUGA